CCUCACCCCCAUUUUCUUAUUCCGAACUGCUCCUGCCCCUCCCCUGACACACCGCCUCAGUAAGAUCCAUCCCCAAGUUGCCAUUAAGAGGAGUGCACAGCUGUGGCACACCAAAGACCGCGCGCAACGGCAGAUUAUGAAUGAAUGGUAUUCAAUGUAGAUAGAUGGCUGUGCGUUUUUACUGUAUCCACAUGCAGGAGGUACCUUGAUGAAGAAACGGCAUCGCCAGUCAUAUCUUUCGAGUAAUUCGAACCGCGCGUAAAAAUUGUUCUAAAAAUGGUGACAAGCGCCCUGGCAAAGAUAACGUUCCUGCUGUCGUGGGGUUACUUCGUGUUGGCCACGCGAGUCGCCUUCUCUAACUUUUCUGUGGACAACGAAGUGCGCUCCAGCUUUAUCCAGCGGCGGCUGAGGAGCCACGAGCGCAGAGAGAUGCAGCGGGAGAUCCUCUCUAUCCUGGGGCUGCCGCAACGUCCGCGGCCGCACGCGUACACCAAACGCAACGCUGCUCCAAUUUUCAUGCUGGACCUCUACAAUGCUAUCAGUAUAGACUCAGAACAGCACAGAUAUUCCAACUACGAGACAGCUUUACCAACACAGACCUCCCCACUGGUGACCCCACAGGACAGCCGAUUCCUAGAAGAAGCAGACACGGUGAUGAGCUUUGUCAACCUCAUUGAUCGGGAUCUCUUCCAGCACCAUGCUAGAGAGUUUCGCUUUGACGUUUCACGUAUUCCAGAGGGAGAGGCCAUCACAGCAGCAGAGUUCAGGAUUUACAAGGACUUCAUCCAGGAGCUCAAGGAGAACGAAACAUUCAGAGUCAGUCUCUACCAGGUGCUGCAGGAUCCUCCAAACAGUGAUUUGGAGCUUUUGCUGCUGGAUCAACGAGAAGUUCUGGCUUCAGAAGAAGGAUGGUUGAUCUUUGACCUGACCACAACAAGUAGCCUGUGGCUGGCCAACCCUGAACAUAACCUUGGCCUGCACUUGGUGCUGGAGGAUAGUCAUGGUCAGAAGAGAAACCCCCAAUCAGCUGGGCUGGCAGUAGGCAGUGGGCCUCAGGACAAGCAGCCUUUCCUGGUUGUCUUCUUCAAAGCCAAUGAGGUGCGACUCCGCAGCGUUCGUUCAGUCCAUGGCCACAAGGGACGCCAGUCAAACCGCACUAAACCCCAGAGGACUGUUCAAGAUGCACUGAGGGUAGUGGAGGAUGCAACAGCCAAUAUUGGCAUCUCUAAAGAAGGAUGCAAAAAGCAUGAGCUGUAUGUCAGCUUCAAGGAUUUGGGAUGGCAGGACUGGAUCAUAGCACCAGAGGGCUAUGCAGCGUAUUAUUGUGAGGGAGAAUGCGCCUUCCCUCUGAACUCGUACAUGAAUGCCACCAAUCACGCUAUUGUGCAAACUCUGGUGCACUUUAUCAACCCAGAGAUGGCACCCAAAGCCUGCUGUGCCCCUACACAGCUCCAAGGCAUCUCCGUGCUCUAUUUUGAUGAAAGCUCCAAUGUCAUUCUCAAGAAAUACCGCAACAUGGUGGUCAGAGCCUGUGGCUGUCACUGACUGCUUAUAUUCCAUUCUGUGACUUGCCCAAAUCCAGAGAGAUGCUGAAGAGAGGCAGAACUGGAGAGAUGAUUGACUGGUCACCAGAGAGCUUUUGCAGCAGAGCAAGCUUUAUUCUGGGGGUCUGUUUUUUUUUAUGACCAGCAGCUGAGCCAGCUUUAACCGCUACCACAGCCCAAAAAGAACUACUGGUCACAAAAAGGGAUUUUGUGGAUUUUUCUUUUUGUAAUGGAUUUUAUUUUUUUUCUUUUGUGUGAAACUAGAGAGAGUGCACUGAAAGGACUUUAAGCAGUACGCAGUAGUUUCACAGGCUCAGAAGAAACUUUUAUUCUUAAAAAAAUGUACAAAGUAGUCUGUGUUUUGUGUGUGUGUGUGUGUGUGUGUCUGUGCGCUAUCAUAUAUGCAACAAAUAUCUCUAUUUGAAGUCUCUUUGAAAUGAGAAUAAAGAAUUGUCUUUUACUAAUUUCAU